AUGACUAACUGGUUCAAUCGCACUGAAAAGUACAAGCUCUGCAAGUUUACCGUCAAGUCUGGUGGCGACGCCAAGGGUCUCAUUUACGUCCAAGCCAACAAGGUCGCCGAGUUCAAAUCGAAGAAGACAGGCGGUGAAGACUUCACACUGAUGGUUGAUGAGUCUUUCCAGUAUGGACAGGACAAGGAUCAAACCAAGCGCUUCCUUGUGUUUCACGACACGGACAACCGGCCUUACCAGCACCGUUUCGUUGAAAACACACUGACUGAGCUUGGAGACGAUGCCUUGGACUACGUGCAGAACAUGGGCUUUACAGGUGCCCACGAUAUCGGGGACUUGGCCAAGAACUUUGUGGGGGACUACUUGCACAACUUCUAA